AGAGGGGGGUGGGGGUAAGAGAGGGUGCUGCCACAAUGAGUAAGAACAAGCUACCUGGCUGCGCCUGCGUCAUUUAACACUGGGAAACCACCAUGCGAACGCUCGGCUUGGUGGUGUUGGCAGGGUUGGUGUUAGUGGGAGGAGUGUCGGGGUACGACUCGCCCUCCUGUGGCGGACGCCAAACCAUCGUCCAACUCUUCGAGUGGAAAUGGACGGACGUGGCGGAGGAAUGCGAGAGGUUCCUGGCUGACGCCGGCUUCUGCGCCGUCCAGGUGUCGCCGGCCGCGGAGCACGUGGUCCUGGAGGAUAGCGGGUACCCCUGGUGGCAGAGGUACCAACCGGUCUCCUACCGCCUCGAGUCCCGCUCUGGCACUACGCUACAGUUCAUCGACAUGGUGCAGCGCUGCAACGCCGUGGGGGUCAGGACCAUCGUGGACGUGGUGAUCAACAACAUGGCCAAGGAGGGAACAUCUGGCUACGGCUCGGGCGGCUCCUACUUCAAUGCUGAUGAUCUCCAGUACCCUGCCGUCCCCUACUCCAGCCAGGACUUCACCCCUCGUGACCUGUGUCCCUCUGUUGACGGAGGGGUGCACAACUACAGCGAGGUGACGGAGGUGAGGAACUGCUACCUGGAUGGGCUCACCGACCUGUACACCGCCAGCGACGCCGUCAGGGACCAACUCUCCACCUACCUCACCCUCCUCCUGGACAUUGGUGUCAUGGGCUUCAGGGUCGGCAGCGCCAAGUAUGUCUGGCCCGAGGACCUGGAAGCCAUCCAGAGCCUCACCAACAACCUCAACAUAGCAGAGGGCUUCCCCAGCGGCCAGAGACCCUUCGUCUACCACGAGGUCCUCGACCUGGGCAGUGAUCCCAUCUCCGUCAACGACUACUUUGGUAUAGGACUGACGACGGAGUUCCGGUUCUCGUCGCGGGUGGCGGCUGGAGUAGACAACUUCACGCUGCUGGCUGACGUGUACGACUCCCAGGUGGGGAUGGCGCCCUCCUACAAGGCUCUAGUCUUCGUUGAUAACCAAGACACCCAGAGAGGUGUUCCAAGUGGAGUCGAUGCCCUGACUUACAAGCAGGCUAGGGAGUACAAGAUGGGUGUGACCUUCUCCCUGGCAUACGACUACGGCUUCAUGCGCGUCAUGAGCAGCUACGAGUUCGACGACAACGACCAGGGCCCCCCGGGUAGCGACGAUAAUGGCAGCACUGACAGCGUGCCCAUCAGUGCUGACGGCUCCUGUGGUGGCGGCUGGGUCUGCGAACACCGCUGGAACGCCAUCGUCCAGAUGGUGAUGUUCAGGAACGUUGUGUCAGGGACUCAGGUCGACAACUGGUACCAGGAGGACGAGGACGUGGCCUUCUCCCGCGGACACCUGGGCUUCUUCGCCAUGUCCAAGUUGGCUUCGCUAGACAAGGUGCUCCAGACUGGGCUGCCGGCGGGGGACUAUUGUGAGCUCAUCAGCAACUGCACCAGGAGCGUGACAGUGGCCGAGGACGGGACAGCUCGCAUCGCCAUCUUCGACUACCAGGAACCCAUCCUCGCCUUCUGCGUCGGCUGCGGCACUCCUGUGAUCACCACAACGACGUCCACCACAACGACGUCCACCACAACGACGUCCACCACAACGACGUCCACCACAACGACGUCCACCACAGAGGCGCCCACCACCCCUGCCUACGGAGGCAAGGUCAGGACGGUCAUCUUCAUUCACAAGCAAACCAACCCUGGCCAGGACCUGUUCAUCAUCGGAGGCAUCGACACUAAUCACCGCCCAGACUGCAAGCCUGACGCAGAGUCGGACCCCUGUUCGCUGGACAUCACCGUCAACAAACUGGGCACAAACGAGCACUACGACAAAUACAACGCUUGGCGGCAAGGCGACACCAAACUGGACUGGUACGGUGCCCAGGAAGGUCAGGGUAACUACAACGGUGUGCAGGCCUUCGGCACUCCCCUUGUCUGGACCACCAACAACCCCAGCGCUCCGGAGUACCAAGAACUCAACACGUUCGGAGAACACUACUGGAUGGUGGACAUGAUUAUGGACUGCGCGGAGACGGACCUGGGCUGGUUCCACUUAAAGUCCUACCUUUCUCAGACAUCAUCAGGGUUGGAACCUGACGUCGACCAGGUGCCACACUGCAACGGUGUGGAUGGUAGCUCAGAGCCCUACGACACCGUCUACCACACGGCUCGCUGCGGCUACAUCAACGUCUUUAGUUACGCGGAGCCGGGGUGCUAUGUCCAGGUGCUGCCUGACGCGUCCAGCGCCCUGUAAGAGGAAACUACACUUCACCAAGGACCGUUCUCUUGAUGUCCCCAUGGGCUUCGGGAACCGCGACUCGACCUUGUUGAAGUUCUCGCCCUCGAGAACCCAUUUUUUUCAUAUCAUUGAUUCCGUACUUGGGUCGAGCCUUAAGCUGCCUUGUGCGAACGCUGUACGUUGGAACGGACGUGAUGUACAUUGGCCUGUAAUAAAUAUAUAUGAAUCA